AUGGAACAAAAAAUUAAGUUGUUCUUAUUUAUUAAAAUUUCAUUGUUUAUGCUUUUAACAUGGAUACGUAAUUUCUGCGACGACAUAAAAACUUUUAAUAAAUAUAUGGAUAAAAAGUACAAACCUGGUAGAACAAUAAAUGCAAGAAGUUAUCGAUUGCUAUCGAAAUGUAAACAAGAUAAGGAUAUAAAUAUUUCAGUGAUAAAAGAAGGGAUGUCAAAUAAUGGAUUUAACAGAAAAAAAAAUAUAUGUAAUAAUGUAAAAGAAAACACUGAAAGACACAGACAUUCACAUAAAGGUUCAUUAUAUUUUGAGGGGUACAGUAAAAAAACUCACAAAAAUCAAUAUAGUAUACCUAAAACGAAAAAGUAUUCCUAUUUUGAAAAACAAAUAUUCAGAGAACUUGAUUAUAAAGAUAGCCUUAAAAACUACAAGAUAAUUAAUUAUAAGGAAUAUGAAAAAUUAAUACGUAGGAAACGAGGAAUAAAAAUUGUUUUAAUUUCACUACUUAUAUUGUUAUUGAUAAUACCCAUAUUAGAUUUUUCAUUAAGGCAUUUUUUACAAAAAGAUUUGUUGGAGUUAUCAGGGUUGUUAACCGUAAAUAUCCCUUUAAAAACUCGAAUGGUGGUAUGUAGAAGGAUAUAUUUCGUCGUUGUUCUCUUUCAUUGA